AUGCCGCCCAUUCUGACGCCCCAGAAGCUCGGCCAGGUCGUGCUCGAGUCCGUUGAGCACGGCGCCUACCCGGACAGCGAGCAUGUCGCCUCGGCCCAGCUGCCCCGCGAUGCCUUUCCCACCUUGCUCGCCGGCAUUGAGAGGGCCCGGACUGAAGCUGAGAUCCGCGCCCUAAGCCGCGCUGCCGCCCCCGACGUCGACAGCUGGAUUGCCCAGGCCAAGCAGCUGCAGGCCGACAUUGAGCGCUCGCGCGCAACCGCCCACGACAUUGUCCAGCAGGCCGAGGCCGCAAACACCCUCCACGCCGGCGUCCACGACGCCUCGGGCAAGGCCGCCCUCCUCAAGAACGAGCUCGCCUUCAAUGACACCCUCACUGCCACGCUCGAGCGCAUCAAGCAGGCCUCGCUCCUGCUGGACGGCGCUCAGAAUGCCGCCCUCGAACAGGACAUCCUCGGCGCCCUGCAGAAGGUGCACCAGGUCGACGACUACAUACUGCACCUAGGCCCGUUCAGGGACACCAGAGUAGCCGGCGUCUUACAGAAGCGCGCGAACCAGCUGCGCGACGCUCUGGCAGAAACCGCGAACCGUGCCUGGGGCCUCCUGCUCGCGGCUGACAUUCCUGCUCGCUCCGUAACCGUCAACGACCAAGUCGACAAUAUGACCCUGCCCAUGGUGGUCGACGCCCUCUCCCGUCUCGGCACCCUCGACGCUGCCCUUCUCAAGUUCCAGAAAGCUUUCGAGCAUGCGAUUGUGAGACCUCGGUUGACCUCGAACCGCAAGUCCAAUGCUGUCAGCAUCGCUGAUGACACCAUUGCCGUUUCCUCUGGUGCAGCACCGUCGGACGUAGUGACCGACGUUCGGCACAUUUGCGAAUUUCUUAGUAAACGCCUACCAGCGUCCAUUUCUGGCCCUGUGUGUGAGAAACUCCUGCCAGGCGUCGUUUCCCGGCUCAUUGCUGACUGGCUCGAUCCCUCGAUACCUGUUUCGCUUGAUCAUCUUGGUUCUUUUCAAGACACCUUGUCAUCAGUAUCCAGUCUCGCGCGCUAUGUCGAGGACCUGGGUUGGCCAUGCAAAGAGCUUCAUGAAUGGGUGGAGAAGACGCCGCGCAACUGGCUUGCACGCAGAAAAGAAGACGCGUUGGCAUCUGUGCGGGAACUGUGUUCUCAAGGAAUUCGACACAAGAAGGAAGUGGAGCGCGUGGAAACGCAGAUGGUGUCCCGUGAUGAUGCGAUCAUGGCGGCAGAGGCUGGCGAGGAGGCUGACGAAGGCUGGGAUGCGUGGGGCAACGACGAGGCCGAGAAAACAUCAGAGGCUGCCGAGACCAAGGGGAAGCAGGGGGCAUCGCACGUGGAAGAAGAAGAAAUGGAUGCGGAUGCUUGGGGUCUGGAUGAUGACGCAGAGUCAAAAUCCGAGAAAGGCUCGAAAGGCAACCCUGAGGAGGAAGACACGGAUGCUUGGGGUUGGGGUGAUGAUGACGAGGCUGCAGACAUGCCGAAGGAUGUUGCAUCGCAGGAGCACUCAUCGAAGCCGAAUGGGGAAACGGGACGGUCGGGGGCUCAGGAGAGAGAAUUAACGUUGCGGGAGAAAUACACGGUCACAGGCAUACCAGACGCCAUCAUGGAAGUCAUUACUCGGGUGGUCGCCGAUGCUCAAGCCCUCGCUCACCCGAACUUCGCCGACUCCCCGGUUGCGCCGGCUGCCGUCGGCCUUUACUCCAUCCCGACGCUCAUCUUGGCCAUGUAUCGAGCGACCGCACCGGUUUACUACGCUAACGACGCCGCCGGGAACAUGUUGGCUUACAAUGACUCCACCCGUUUGGUGGACGAGCUGCGUGAUUUCCUGGCGAGACAGGCCAGAUCAGAUGAGUCGUCGGAUCUGCCACCAUCGUCAAAACCGUCAAGCCGCCUACGCCUUGAUGCUGACUUGAAAGCCAUUGAGAGUUUCAGCAAGCGUGCAUACGGCAAGGAGAUGGAGUCACAAAGAACCAUCCUCCGGGACCUGCUCGAUGGAGCUCAAGGCUUUAACAAUUGCACAACAGCGCCUUUCGCCGCAGAGUGCGACAAUGCUGUCUCGAUGACGGCGGACCGGAUCAGGGAUGUGGCCGAGCAGUGGACAGGCGUGCUAUCACACUCGGCGCUCCUGCAAUCGCUGGGGUCCCUUCUGGCGACGGUGCUCAACAAGAUGAUUGUCGACAUCGAGGACAUGAGCGACAUCUCCGAGGAAGAGUCGAAGCGCCUUCGGGAGUUGUGCAACCGCGUGUGCGAGGUCAGCGACCUGUUCAAGCAGCCAGGACAACAAGGAGACAUGACUGGCAUCUACACGCCCAACUGGUUUAAGUUCCAGUAUCUUAGCGAGAUCCUCGAGGGCACCCUGGCCGACAUCAAGUACCUGUGGACCGAAGGCGAACUAAAGCUUGAAUUUGAGGCGGACGAGGUUGUGGAUCUAAUCGAGGCGCUGUUUGCAGAUAGCGACCAUCGACGGCGGGCCAUUGCAGAUAUUAGGAGGACUGCGCGGUGA